CAACAUGGAUACACUUUCCAGAAAUCAAAGACCCUAAUCAGCAUCACAUCCAAGACCAGAAUACGCAUUGUUUGGUGUAUUACCCUAAUGACAUCACAUUGCUGCAAUGCUGUGCUUGUCAUAGAGAAGGUGUUGCAAAGUAAUGUUCUUCGUAUAGCAUGAAUUCGUCCUUGGGUCAUUUUGUAAAGAUUUUACAUGUUCUGCAUCUGUUCAAGACAUCAUGGUGAGGAAAUAUGUUUUCAUUUGUAAGCCUAUCCGUCGUGAUCCUCCUAUUACGCAAGUGUUAGGUUGUUGAGUAGAGACGCAUUGCAAAAUAUUGCCUGCUCGCUCUGUGGAAUUAAGCAGGAUACAUUCUCCCACUACCCUGCCCGGAAAAAUCGACUGCAUUGUCUUUGCUGAACGGGUGGACAAAGAAGCAAGCCAUAUAUGAAAACUAAUUGCACGCGUGGGUAAGCAUAUAUUGGCUAUCAAGAAAGAAUACACGCUUUAAACUAUGCGUGGAUGGAAUUCAUUCAAACGACAAGGGAAGUUAACGACCAACAUUAUCAAGGAGAGCAGUAUGUUUGUCAACCUUGAUUUCUUAUCAUAAAAUAAAAUACAUACGAGUUAACUAUUCUAGGCUAUUGUAGUCGUCGACCUUCACGACCAUCUCAGACUUUUAGAUACGCAGAAUAGCAGAAACCGCGUGGCUGAAUUUAAAACCAACCCCAAUGCGUUUAUUCCAUGUCCGUGUCUGUUCAACAACACUAGCUGCCUACCCAUUGCUUCAAAGGAUCCUUAACUGCAUGGCUUUCUACCUCCAUCAUUCAUAAUGACAAUAUUGGUACAUGCAUAUUGCACUAUAUGAAUAUACCUCUGAUACAGUCCAACGUGUCUUAUUCAAUUCAAGGCUAAUUUGACUGAGGCUACACUGACACGUUCCUUGGACGAUAGCUCUGGAUUUCAGAUGCGGUUUUCAGUUUGUUUCACUUUUUCUGUCUCAAUUGGAUCGUAUCGGGAUUAAGGUGGUUUUAACCCGAUGCAGAUGGUUUAAGAAAGGACUUCGCCUACCAAUUUGGUGACCAAUUUCUGAAGUAAAAGUCAACCCGUUGUUGGUUACUACCUUUACUACCUCUCGUCAAUUUCACUCCUCUUCGAUUAGAAAUGCUUCAGUAAGACAAUGUUUGAACAGUGGAAAUAACGCCCAUGUGUCUACCCCUAAACAUCCACGGCGAAUCCUAUUAACGACAACGGUAAAGUGACUGACAUGGAAGGUGCCCUUGUUUUGGUCAGGAAAUCAACAUUGGCCUAUGUUUCAGCUAUCUGCUCAUGAGAGGAAUCAUCAGCACAUCCAUCCUCGGUGUACUUGACCGUGUCUAAACUGUGUCUCAGAAUGUCAAUGACUUUACUGGGAAUAUGUGCCAUGUUACGCAGACUUUUGUAUCUGUGUAAUGUUCCGCUGUUCCAUCGCAUAUGCAAUGACAGUUUAGAUAUUGUGUUGUAUAGUUAUUGUGUUGUAAAUGUAACAGGGUUGGUUAUGUUUCCAAUUGACACUGCAGAAAUAUAAAUUUGAUGUUUAUGUUUUCCUAUUGGUUUGUUGAAUUUACAUAUCAAUAAGCUGUUAUGCCAUUCAUUGGUCAUGCUAGCAGAUAGUGGGAGAUCGCAAACGUAAAUUCUUCCCAGUCUGAUAUUGACAUUGACAUGCAAGUGGUAGGUCACGUUCUCAAGUACUGUAUUCUAUAUUCAUAUUUGCAAUCUAUACGAGUUCACUAUGUACAUGUCCUGAUGUGUGUGCAUGUACGGUACCUGUUAGAUAUUGGGAGCUUCCUGUGAUGUGCUUUUGUAUGUCUGAUUCCUGUCCGUACGAGUUAGCUAGCAUGCUUUAAUUGUAAUGUUCACAUUAGCUCUCUGCUAAUUCACAGCUAUUUUCUUGCUAACAGAUGAAUCAUGAGUCUACAGCCAUCAACAUAUUGUUGUCCUACACAUUUAAUGUGCAUCCUUGUGUCUAUCGUCAGAAUAAACACCAAUCACCUGGGACCGCUGGCUGGACUGGCCUUUCUUUAAAAACACAACGCAGGAGAGUUACGAGCCUGCUUUCAAGUCAUCAUUGAGAGAAGCAUUUGAGAAGAGACUACAAAUACUGGCCUCUAGGUGUUUCUCUCUAAUGCCAGUGGGUGUCGUUCUACUCUCAGAGCUGUGACUGACUGACUGCAAGAGAGACGGGAUGCCUAUACACAUGUGAUUUCUGCCAUGGAGACCAGAGCUUAAUAUCUGGAUCUGGAACCUGAUAGACAGACAGACCAUGGAGCGUCUGGUUUUGUGUGUGCUGCUGUGUGUACUGCUGUGUGCGGUGCUGGUGAAGGGCUACAACUGCCCCGGCCGCUGCAUCUGCCAGCACCUCUCCCCCACUCUGACUCUGCUCUGCGCUAAGACCGGUCUGUUGUUUGUGCCUCCAACCAUCGACCGCAAGACCGUGGAGCUGCGUCUCACAGACAACUUCAUCACCAUUAUCCGCAGGAAAGACUUUUUCAACAUGACCAGCCUGGUUCACCUCACCCUGUCCCGUAACACCAUCAGCCAGAUCACGCCCAACGCCUUCCUGGGCCUGCGCUCUCUACGAGCCCUCCACAUGGAUGGCAACCGCCUCAGUGUCAUCAAGAGCGACCACUUCAAAGGCCUGGUCAACCUCCGCCACCUCAUACUGGGGAACAACCAGAUCCACCAUGUGGCCCCUACCUCCUUUGAUGAGUUUGUGUCGACCAUCGAGGACUUGGAUCUGUCCAACAACAACCUGAGGACCCUGCCCUGGGAGGAGAUAGGCAGGAUGAGCCACAUCAACACCCUCACCCUUGAUCACAACCUGAUUGAUCACAUUGGAGCUGGGACUUUCACACUCCUCACCAAGCUGGUUCGUCUGGAUAUGACCUCCAACCGGCUGCAGAAGCUACCACCGGACAGCCUGUUUCAGCACGCCCAGGUGCUGUCAGAUGCCAAGGGCUCCAACCCGUCCUCCCUGGCGGUGAGCUUCGGGGGAAACCCUCUCCACUGUAACUGCGAGCUGCUAUGGCUCCGCAGACUGACCCGGGAGGAUGACCUGGAGACCUGCGCCUCCCCAGAGCAUCUCAUGGAUAAGUACUUCUGGUCCAUCCAGGAGGAGGAGUUCAUCUGCGAGCCCCCGCUCAUCACCAAACACAUAUCCACCAAGCCCUACGUCAUGGAGGGUCAGGGGGUCACCCUCAAGUGCAAGGCCAUGGGAGAUCCGGACCCAGCCAUCCACUGGCGCUUCCCCGACGGUAAGCUGGUGCACAACAACUCCCGCACUAUCCUGUAUGACAACGGUACCUUGGACAUCCUCAUCACCACCUUAAAGGACAGUGGUGCCUUCAACUGUGUGGCCUCCAAUGCUGCCGGCAUCGCCACAGCUGCUGUGGAGAUCAACAUGAUCCCUCUGCCAUUGCUCGUCAACAACACAUUGCACCACAUGCGCGAGGCCGAUCGGGGCCUCUCUGACAUCACCACCUCCUCCAAGUCAGGCAACGACACCAAGGGCCAUGACAAGCACCAGGAUAAGAGAGUGGUGGUGGCCGAGCUGACCUCCUCCUCGGCUGUGAUUCGUUGGCCCUCCGAGCGCCACAUCCCAGGCAUCAGGAUGUACCAGAUCCAGUACAACAGCACUGCAGACGACACACUGGUUUACAGAAUGAUCCCGUCCACCAGUAAGACCUUCCUGAUCAACGACUUGGCGGCGGGCCGGGAGUAUGACCUGUGUGUCCUGGCGGUGUACGACGACGGCAUCACCUCUCUGACGGCCACGCGCGUGGUGGGCUGUGUCCAGUUCCACACGGCCAGCGAGGUCAGCCAGUGUCGCUUCAUCCACAGCCAGUUUUUGGGUGGCACCAUGAUAAUUAUCAUUGGCGGCAUCAUUGUGGCCUCAGUGCUGGUGUUUAUCAUCAUUCUCAUGAUCCGUUACAAGGCGCACAGCAGCCCCGAGGACAGCAAGGCCAAGGUCAGCUCCAGCAUGCACUCCCAGACCAACGGCAGCCAGCACAGACUCCAGCGCUCCACCUCCAGGCAACCUGCUGAGGACAGCCACCAGAGAGAAGCCCUACCGGUGGCAGCCAAGGAGUGCAUGGCCCUGGUGCUGAAGGUGGACAGUGACAAGAGGGAGUGGGACACCCCUCCAACCACUAUGGCCAUCCUGGAAGUGGAGCUGCCCACCCUGCCCACGGACAAGAUGAAGAGGACCAGCCUGGACGUCCAGUGCUCCGGAUCUGGCCCCCCAUCGGAGGAUACACAGACAGACAGCAGCCUGACGGGCUCCACCAUGUCCUUGUGUCUCCUAGGCCCCAACGCCGGCACCAAGGAGGCCCCCAGGCUCAAGGACAAGAAGAGCGCCCUGGCCAACAUGGGGUUUAAUAAUGAGCUGGCACGAACUAGGCACAGGUUCAGCUUUGAUGGGGGAGACUACUCCAUAUUCCAGAGCCACAGUUACCCCCGCAGAGCGCGGACGAGGCGGCACAAGUCCACCAACCAGCUCAACGUGGAGUCCUCACCGCUCGCCAACCGGAGAGUCACUUUCAGCAGCACUGAAUGGAUGCUGGAGAGCACAGUGUAAGAGAUGCAACCUGGCCUCUCUGGCUUGCUGUCACACACAUACACACAGACACACACCAACAGUUUGACACAUACACAUUUACACAUCUAACAAAUAAAGUUACAUGCAUACACACACAGACUCUCAGAGAGAGUUGCUGGAGAAGAACAUAGUCUCCUUUCAUCCUGCCUCCCCUCGUACUCCCAGAGAGACAGAGAGUUGUUGGUCAUUUCAUUAUUUUAUGCAGCAGUGCCUUAUUCUAAAAUAUGUACAAAUGGAGGAUGCUGCUCACUGUAGUCAUAAACCUUACUUUCUAUCAUGGUUUCCCCCUGUUUCAUGGGGAGUGUUGCUUAGAUUUUUUUACAUGCCAGGGGGUGGGGCAAAUGUGACAGUUUUCCAUUUAAUGUUAAAAAACAAACAUCACAGUGUAAAGUGAACAACCAGGUAUCCUGUAUGUUGAUCAUCCUUUGGGUUCUUUCAAAGACUUUUGCACACGAAGACACGACGAUACGAGGACAAGUAUCACACCAGUCUAUACAGUAAUAAAAAGAUUAUAGAACUAUACACAUGCCGAUUUCAAAUGUUAGCAUAGAGAGGAUGGACCUGAAAAACCUGUGGACUCCUCAAUGCUGGUUGGACUCAAUGAUAUUACUAGGUAUUGUUCCUGAUGUGACUGUAUGAUAUUAAUCGGUAUUGUAUCUGGCGGGUCUAGAUAAAAAGUUAACUAAAAAUACAUAUAGAAGUAUAUUAAAAACAUUGGUGUAUGUGUACUAUGUAAGUAAGUCAUAUGUCACAACUUUUUACUGAGCAUUUGAGUGUUGGCCACAAGUUCUUACAUUAAAAACCUGUGUCAUCACACUUCUCCCUAUUUAGUAUGACAAGGUUUGGACCACUUAUCCCUCAUGAGAGGGUAUUAAAUUUUUUGUGUGGGUUAACUGUA